AUGACUUUCAAAGGCACCGUUGCAGUUGAGGAAGCAGUCAUCAGCCCCGAUACCGCAUGGCUGCUUCAAGAGUCUCAACAAAUUUUAACACCUGGUAAUUCUGGAAAACAGGCAGUCGAGGCUCAUCAAGCCCGACUCAUGGAUAUUCAUGGGUCGCGUCUGGAUGCUAUGAAUGCCGAGGGGGUUGAGUACAUGUUACUAUCCCUUACGUCGCCAGGAUGUCAAGGAAUCCCUGAUCAGCAGCUCGCUGAAAAAACUGCCACGAAAUUCAAUGACUGGCUGGCCGGAGAAGUAGCCAGAAAUCCCAGUCGUUUUGGAGGAUUGGCGGCAAUUUCCAUGCACGAUCCAUCCCAGGCGGCAUCUGAGUUGGAAAGAGCAGUGAAGGAGUUAGGUUUCUACGGCGGGAUCGUGAAUGACUACCAACUCACAGGGGCGGAUGGCUUAGAAAAAAGAUAUUAUGACACAUCGUUUUACAAUCCCUUCUGGAAGAAAGUCGAGGAACUCGAUGUGCCUGUUUAUUUUCAUCCGCGGUACCCGUCAGCGAAGGAGCUUCAAUCCGAAAAUUCUGUUUACGGCUCUCGCAUGCAUUUACUGGGAGCCGGUGUCCAGUUUCAUCUAGAUCUUUCAUUUCAUAUCUAUGCAGUGUGCUCAUCUGGUGUUUUUGAUCGGUUCCCUGGACUGAAGAUCGUCGUCGGUCAUCUGGGAGAGAACAUCCCGUUUAAUUUAUGGAGAGCUUCGCAUUGGUACAAUAAGCCUAGCAAGAAGGUGACUCGGCCAUCACAGCAUGACUAUAAGUACUAUUUCCAAAACAACAUUUUCAUCACAACCUCGGGUAAUUUUUCGACUCCCGGUCUGAAGUUCUGUGUUGAAGAACUUGGGUCAGAAAGGUGCCUGUUUUCAAUUGACACUCCUUAUGAUAACAUUCAAGAUGCUCAGGCAUGGUGGAGAAGUGUUGACAUCGAGGGCAAGAACAAGCAGAUGAUAGCUAGGGAAAAUGCAAUCAAGCUCUUCAAGCUCCCGAUAGAGGUGUGA